CAGCCUACAACCAACCAACAUCCAACCAGAACUAUGAACAAUAAAUUUCUAUUAUUUAUAAAUCACCCAGGGUAAGGUAUUUUUGUAUAGCAGCCUGGACUAAGACAACAUCCUUCUUAUAGUGCCCAGGGAAGUAAGAAAAACUUUUUUCUCUGGAAUUGUGCUUGGAAUAUGCUACAGAAAUGUCAGACAUAAAGAAGAAAAUCACUAGAGUUUCUCUGACCAUCAGUUCCCCAGUUAAUGAAAACUCCAACACCAGAUCAAGUUAUUCUGCCUUAGUUCAGUCAUUGUGUGUUGAUCCCCAGAGGAUGCAGAGUCCCUGCAGUAGCCUGUCAGGAUCUACUUGUGAUGUAGCCCCUGUGUUUACCAAGCAUCUUCAAGACAUCUCUACAACCAGAGGUCAGUUUGUCGUGUUUGAAUGCCGAGUCCAGGCCACAGCCACAGUUCAAGUUCAUUGGUACAGAGAGAAAGAGCAGAUAACCAGCUCAGAUGACUUCCGGAUUCUGAGGAAAAAAGCUUCUUUAUCAUCAAUUCCUGAGGAAGUCUGCACCUUGAUUAUAACAGAAGCAUUUCCUGAAGACUCUGGGGAGUUCAAGUGCCUUGCAGAAAAUGAGGCUGGGAUUGUAGUCUCAACAGCAAAACUCUUUGUUUCCCCAGAAGGUAAAGAAGUUGACAAUUCAAAGAUUUCUUCAAAGUUUCCUAUAAGCAAACUUUCUCCAAAGGUGGUCUCCUUUCCCUGUGGAAGUGAAAGGUACACAAAGGACAAAAAUUCAGAUGAUAUGCCCAUAAACCUUAUGGCAACUGUUCCCAAACCUGCUGGUUAUGAUGAACAAAAGACCCAGGUUCCAAAACAGGAUUUCUGCAGCAUCAAUGGAGAUUCCUCUAAGCUACAAUCACAAUGGAACAGUAUUCUUCAAGAGGAGCCUACUCCACUCAAACCAGGAGCACAGUGUUCUCACCGUCUCAUCAAAGAGGGACAGACCAAGGUUGCUUCUGAUUUCUUGCAGCCUUCCGUAAUCCCAGGCUUGCAGCCCCCUAUUCAGGACCCUGCCCUUUCAGAAAGAAAUCAUCAUAGUGAGAACUCGCCUUCAUCUUCCAUAUACCAGCUAAGCAUGUUUAACUACGAACGUCCAAAACAUUUCCUCCAGUCCCAAAACCCAUGUGGCUCCAGACUGCAGCCUCCUGGACCGGAAACCUCCAGCUUCUCCAGCCAAACGAAACAGUCUUCCAUUAUUAUCCAGCCCCGCCAGUGCACAGAGCAAAGAUUUUCUGCCUCCUCAACAGUGAGCUCUCACAUCACCAUGUCCUCCUCUGCUUUUCCUGCUUCUCAGCAGCCUGCUGGCUCCAACCCAGGCCAAAGGGUUACAGCCCCCUAUAACCAGUCACCAGCCAGCUUCCUCAGCUCCAUUUUGCCAUCACAGCCUGAUUACAGCAGCAGUAAAAUCCCUCCCACUGUGAAUGCCAACUAUCAACAACCUUCAGUUGGCCAACCUGUAAGUGCUAGGCCAUCCCAAACUGCAAAUGCUAAGCCCACACCAAGGACUCCUGACCAUGAAAUACAAGGAUCAAAAGAAGCUUUGAUUCAGGAUUUGGAGAGAAAACUGAAAUGCAAGGAUACCCUUCUUCAUAAUGGAAAUCAAAGGCUAACAUAUGAGGAGAAGAUGGCUCGCAGAUUGCUUGGACCACAGAAUGCAGCUGCUGUGUUUCAAGCGCAAAACAGUGAUGCACAAGAUUCACCACAGCAGCACAAUGCAGAACACGCACGAUUACAAGUUCCCACAGCACAAGUAAGAAGUAGAUCAUCCUCAAGAGGAGAUGUGAAUGAUCAAGAUGCAAUCCAGGAGAAAUUUUACCCACCACGUUUCAUUCAAGUGCCAGAAAACAUGUCAAUUGAAGAAGGAAGAUUCUGCAGAAUGGACUUCAAAGUGAGUGGACUGCCAGCUCCUGAUGUGUCGUGGUAUCUAAAUGGGAGGCCAGUUCAGUCAGAUGAGCUGCACAAAAUGAUAGUGUCUGAGAAGGGCUUUCAUUCGCUCAUCUUUGAAGUGGUCAGAGCCUCUGACGCAGGGGCAUAUGUGUGUGUUGCCAAGAACAGAGCAGGAGAAGCCACCUUCACUGUGCAGCUGGACGUCCUCGCAAAAGAACAUAAAAGGGCACCAAUGUUUAUCUACAAACCACAGAGCAAAAAGGUUUUUGAGGGAGACUCAGUGAAACUAGAAUGCCAGAUCUCAGCAAUACCUCCACCAAAGAUUUUCUGGAAAAGGAAUAAUGAAAUGGUACAAUUUAACACCGACCGAAUAAGCUUGUAUCAUGAUAACACAGGAAGAAUUACUUUACUGAUAAAAGACGUAAACAAGAAAGAUGCUGGGUGGUACACUGUGUCUGCAGUUAAUGAAGCUGGCGUGACCACAUGUAACACAAGAUUAGAUGUUACAGCCCGUGCAAACCCAACACUUCCAGCUCCUAAGCAGUUGCGUGUUCGACCAACUUUCAGCAAAUACUUAGCGCUGAAUGGGAAAGGUUUGGAUGUGAAACAAGCAUUUAACCCAGAAGGAGAAUUUCAGCGUCUGGCAGCUCAGUCUGGACUCUAUGAAAGUGAAGAACUUUAAUAACUUUACCAACACUGGAAAACACAACAACUACACUAAUUGUAGUACAUUUGACGACACUUAAAAAAUAAAUCCAUAGCUGUAUUAACAAAUUAUGGCUUUAAUUAGGUAAUAUAACUAAUAUAUAUCUAUAUUAUUUAUCCCUUGACUCUUGCACAUUCUAUUUACUUAUCUGAUUUGUGAAGCCUAGAGUUAAUAUGAGUAUAUGGAUUUAUGUUGUAGAAGAGUAUCUUAAAUUGUGGGAUCUUAACAUUUAAGUCAUACACAUUUAACAAUUGCAAGUUAUGAAUUAAUAACUUUUAAGCACAUCUAAUGCUUGCAAUAAGAUUUACUGGCCCUACUUUCUACAUACUGUUUUACCUGUUUUCUCUUAUAGGAAUACUAACAUGAUAAGAUUAUCUGAAUGUUCCAUAGUUUCACGUCAAAAAGGAAUAAAAUUCAAAUAGUUAAAACAGA